AGGUACUCCACUUCUCUUAGCUCUCUUGUGGCUCAACAGAUCCCAGGAGACUAGCACGUCAUCAGUCAACUGUUACCUCUUCUCCACUGCCUUCCCCAGCCACCGUCAAGUAUACUGGUCUUGGUCACCAUAGCAACCGUGACGAGCCAGCAUCCAGCUCUGCUGCACCGACUUCUCCAACCUCAGCUGAGAUGCAGCGGUGAGGACGAGCAGCGAGAGAGAGAGACACCCAGGAGCUCGUUGCCUCGACUGUUAAUCCCUGUACCCUGAGAGAGAAUUGCAGCGAAGGAGCAAGGGGGAAAAAAGGCUGUACCUUGGAGACUCCCGACGCUAACCUCCGGUGGGUGGUCCAGCGGGAAGUGGAGUGCGCAGCCAUAGCAGCAGCACCUGCAUACUGAGGACCGACUGAUGGUGGAGAGCCAGCAUUUAUUACGUAUCGAGAAGAUGCCCUUUGAAGCCCUAACCGAUUAAUGUGACGAAAUCGGGUGGAUCAUCAGCCAUCCCCUUUCCCCCUUUGUUGGGGGGUGCUGAGAGUGGGGAAGCAUGGAGGACAGUAAGAAUGAGACAAUGAAUCACGCUCACGUCCUCUUUGACCGGUUUGUGCAGGCUACCACCUGCAAGGGAACCCUCAAGGCCUUCCAAGAGCUAUGUGACCACCUAGAACUGAAGCCUAAGGACUACCGCUCCUUUUAUCACAAGCUCAAGUCCAAGCUUAACUACUGGAAAGCCAAAGCCCUAUGGGCAAAGUUGGACAAGCGGGGCAGCCACAAAGACUACAAAAAGGGAAAAGCAUGCACUAACACCAAGUGUCUCAUCAUUGGAGCUGGCCCCUGUGGUCUCCGUACAGCCAUCGACUUAUCCUUAUUGGGAGCUAAAGUGGUUGUUAUUGAAAAACGAGAUGCCUUCUCCCGCAACAAUGUUUUGCAUCUCUGGCCAUUCACCAUACAUGAUCUACGAGGUCUGGGUGCCAAGAAGUUCUAUGGCAAGUUCUGUGCUGGAGCUAUUGACCAUAUCAGUAUCCGUCAGCUUCAGCUAAUACUUUUGAAAGUAGCCUUGAUCCUGGGCAUUGAGAUCCAUGUCAAUGUGGAAUUCCAAGGUCUUGUACAGCCUCCUGAGGACCAAGAAAAUGAACGGAUAGGUUGGCGGGCACUGGUCCACCCCAAAACCCAUCCUGUAUCAGAAUAUGAAUUUGAAGUGAUCAUUGGAGGGGAUGGCCGUAGGAACACCUUGGAAGGAUUUCGCCGGAAAGAAUUUCGUGGCAAACUGGCAAUUGCCAUUACAGCAAAUUUUAUUAACCGAAAUACAACAGCAGAAGCCAAAGUGGAAGAGAUCAGUGGUGUGGCUUUUAUAUUCAACCAAAAAUUUUUCCAGGAACUGAGGGAAGCCACAGGUAUAGACUUGGAGAAUAUUGUCUACUACAAAGAUGACACGCACUAUUUUGUUAUGACAGCCAAAAAGCAGAGUUUGCUAGACAAAGGGGUGAUACUGCAUGACUAUGCCGACACAGAGCUCUUGCUUUCCCGGGAGAACGUGGACCAAGAAGCUCUGCUGAACUAUGCCAGAGAGGCGGCGGACUUCUCCACUCAGCAGCAGCUGCCGUCUCUGGAUUUUGCCAUCAAUCACUAUGGGCAGCCUGACGUGGCCAUGUUCGAUUUCACUUGUAUGUAUGCCUCUGAGAAUGCUGCGUUGGUGCGGGAGCAGAAUGGACACCAGUUAUUAGUGGCCCUGGUUGGGGACAGCCUCCUAGAGCCUUUUUGGCCAAUGGGAACAGGAAUAGCACGGGGCUUUCUAGCUGCUAUGGACUCUGCCUGGAUGGUACGAAGUUGGUCGCUAGGAAGAAGCCCCUUGGAAGUCCUGGCCGAGAGGGAAAGCAUUUACAGGUUGCUGCCUCAGACCACCCCCGAGAAUGUGAGUAAGAACUUCAGCCAAUACAGCAUAGACCCUGUCACCAGAUAUCCCAAUGUUAACGUCAACUUCCUCCGCCCAAGCCAGGUGCGUCAUUUAUAUGAUACUGGAGAAACAAAAGAUAUUCAUCUGGAAAUGGAGAAUCUAGUGAAUUCACGAACUACCCCAAAGUUGACUCGUAAUGAGUCUGUAGCUCGUUCAAGCAAACUACUGGGUUGGUGCCAAAGGCAGACAGAUGGCUACGCAGGGGUGAAUGUGACAGAUCUCACCAUGUCUUGGAAAAGUGGACUGGCUCUGUGUGCGAUCAUCCACAGAUACCGUCCUGACCUAAUAGAUUUUGACUCUUUGGAUGAGCAAAAUGUGGAGAAGAAUAACCAGCUGGCUUUUGAUAUUGCUGAGAAGGAACUGGGCAUUUCUCCCAUCAUGACAGGCAAAGAAAUGGCCUCGGUGGGGGAGCCUGACAAGCUAUCUAUGGUGAUGUACCUGACUCAGUUCUAUGAGAUGUUCAAGGACUCCCUCCCCUCCAGUGAUGCCUUGGACCUGAACGCUGAGGAGAAAGCAGUCCUUAUAGCUAGCACCAAAUCUCCCAUCUCCUUCCUAAGCAAACUUGGGCAGACCAUCUCUCGGAAGCGUUCUCCCAAGGAUAAAAAGGAAAAGGACUUGGAUGGUGCUGGAAAGAGGAGAAAGACCAGUCAGUCGGAAGAGGAGGAAGCACCCCGGGGCUACAGAGGAGGAAGGCCCACCCUGGUGAGCACUCUGACAGACAGGAGGAUGGAUGUGGCCCUUGGCAACCAGAACAAAGUGAAAUACAUGGCAACCCAGCUGCUGGCCAAAUUUGAAGAGAAUGCACCUCCGCAGUCCACUGGCAUGAGGAGACAGCCGACACAAGAGCGUGGGGUCAGCCAGCCGUCCUGCUGCCUACCUGAGCAGGGUCGCCCUGCUCCCAUCCCCCAGUGGAAACAGCGACGGGAAAAGGAGCGUUCCCGGACCUGCCCCAAAAAAGUGAUCACACUCUCUCCUCCCCCUACUCCACCUCCCUGUCGGGCGCCUGGCAGCCAGCAGACGUACAGGGAUCUUGAUGCUGACAGCCGUGGCAAGCAGAGUUCCCACCAUGAGAGGCCAGAGCCUGAACCUUCUCGUCGAUUUUUUGUUGACCAGUGGGAGCUUUCUCUUAGUCUUCGCUCCUCCAACCGCCCCGCCUCUCCCUCCUCUGACUCUCUCCGACAGAAGUAUAUAAAGAUGUACACGGGCGGAGUGAGCUCAUUGGCUGAGCAGAUAGCCAAUCAGCUUCAAAGGAAAGAACAGCCCAAAACCCUUCUAGACAAGAAGGAACUGGGCUCAAUAAAGAAGGAGUUCCCACAGAACUUAGGAGGCAGUGACACGUGCUAUUUCUGCCAGAAGCGGGUCUACGUGAUGGAGAGGCUGAGUGCUGAGGGCAAGUUCUUCCAUCGGAGCUGCUUCAAAUGCGAGUACUGCGCCACCACCCUGCGCCUCUCUGCUUACGCCUAUGACAUCGAGGAUGGUAAAUUCUACUGCAAACCACACUACUGUUAUCGGCUCUCCGGCUCCGCACAGAGGAAGAGACCGGCAGUGGCUCCUCUGUCUGGAAAGGAGGCCAGAGAACCCCUGCAGGAUGGCCCCACUGUGGACACAAAUGGACGGGCCAGCACCGUUGCCAGCCCUGCUGAGAGAACCCCAGGUUCAAGUGUGAAUGGCCUGGAAGAGCCUAGCAUUGCUAAGAGACUCAGGGGGACUCCGGAAAGGAUCGAGCUGGAGAACUACCGCCUGUCUGUGAAACAGGCAGAGGAGCUGGAGGAGGUGCCCGAGGAGACGCAGGCUGAGCACAACCUGAGCAGUGUGCUGGACAAAGGCGUAGAGGAGGACGUGGCCAGCAGCAGUUCUGAGUCCGAGAUGGAGGAAGAGGAGGAGGAAGAAGAGGAGCCUCUGCCCACCUCAGACCUGGGCGGUGUUCCGUGGAAGGAGGCUGUGAGGAUCCACGCCCUUCUGAAGGGAAAGAGUGAAGAGGAGCUGGAGGCUGCAAAGAGCUAUGAGCCUGGGAACGAGGAGGAGGAAGAGGAGGAGUAUGAGGAGGAGGAAGAGGAAGAAUAUGAGGAGGAAGAGGAAGAGUCUAGUGAAGAAGGGGAGUAUUGCCCCUGGGACAGAGAACGCCUGCAAGGCCAGUGGCUCCAGCAUCUGUCAAAGGAAGAAGAUGCGGGUACAUGUAAAGUUGGGAGCCAGAGGCUACAGCAGACCAUAAAUCCGGCUGACCCCUUGGAGAUCCAGGCUGAUGUGCACUGGACACAUAUUCGAGAGAGAGAGGAGGAGGAGCGAAUGGUACCAACCUCUGAGUCCUCCACUUCUAGAGUGCCUGACCUUCCUUCCAUCCGCCGCGCAGCAGUGCAGGCCUGGCUGGAGACAGUCUCCGGAGUCCCAUUUGAUGAGAAUGACCUGGAGGAAGAUGUGGACUCGGAGCCAGCAGAGAUAGAAGGGGAGGCGGCGGAGAAUGGGGACACAGGGGACACUGGUGCUGAGCUGGAUGAUGAUCAGCACUGGUCUGAUGAUAUCCCAUCAGAUGCCGAAACGGAGCUUCGCCUGCAACACCAGGCAGUGGUGGAGGCCGAGCUGGAGCUGAGGGUGUCGGAAAACGAGGAGGAGCAACCCGCCACCACACCAGGGCACCAAGAGAGAGGUCCCACCCAAGUCCCCAGCCUUCCCCGGUCCCCUGAGGAGCAAGCUGGUCUGCUCUCCCCCGGCCACAGCCCUGUGGCAGAGGGGACCCGAAUCCCACUUGCCUCUGUGAAAUUGCCCAAGGAGAACCUUUUCCCUGAGCCUUUGCUCCCCAAGGAGAAGCCCAAAGAAGAAGCAUCCAGUGAUGAGAGAGCUCUGCACUCUCCUGUCCGAUCACAGCCAGUGGCUCUGCCAGAAGCCAGGACACCUACCCCCCCAGUUAGUUCACAGCACCUGUCACCGUUGGCCACCUCCACUCCCACCACUACCCAGCUCCCCAUUUGCUCCCAGCCCCAGCCUUCCUCUGAGGCCGUUGUCCCAUCCCCCACCAAGUCGCCCAUAUGCUUCCAGCCCAUUCCAGCCAAAACCCCCAUCCCCCUGGCUCCCCUCCCCUUGAAGACCCAAGAGGACACCAAGGACAGAUUGGGCAGCCCUCUUGCUGUGGAUGAAACCCUUAAGCGGAAUGACCUGGUGGCAGAGUUCUGGAUGAAGAGCGCCGAGAUCCGCCGUAGCCUCGGACUCACACCCGUGGAUCGGAGCAAGGUGUCCGAGUCCAGCUUCCCCUCGCCCGCCUUUAAACCAGUGUCCCUAAAAUCCUAUUCAGUUGAGAAGUCUCCUCAGGGUGAGGGGCUCCAGCUUCUAAAACCUCCAGCUGUUCCUAAGAGGCUGGGCCUGCCGAAGUCAGAUGGUGACCAGCCCUCGCUGCCAACCCCCAAGUCCCCAUCUGACAGAGAGCUGAAAAGCUCCCAUGAGGAGAGGAGAGACCUGUCAAGCAGCUCUGGGUUGGGCCUUCAUGGGAGCUCCUCUAAUAUGAAGACCUUGGGCAGCCAGAGCUUCAACACCUCAGACUCCACCAUGCUCACUCCUCCUUCAAGCCCACCCCCGCCCCCACCCCAGAAUGAGGAGCCCGCAACUCUUCGAAGGAAGCCAUAUUUGACUUAUGAGCAUAAGGAGACGGAGCCCAAGGCCUCAGUGAUCCCACCCCCACCACCUGCAUCCUUUAUGAGGGCCCCCCGAGAGCCUGCCCAGCCCCCUCGAGAGGAGGUGCGGAAGUCAUUUGUGGAGAGCGUGGACGAGAUCCCCUUUGCUGAUGACGUGGAGGACACCUAUGAUGACAAGACAGAGGACUCGAGUCUGCAGGAGAAGUUCUUCACACCCCCCUCCUGCUGGUCCCGCACCGAGAGGCCCCUCCACCCACCCCUAGCCAAGGAGAAUGGUAGGUUGCCUACUCUGGAGAGUGGGGUCCAACCACAGAAGAGGGGCCUGCCCUUAGUCUCUCCAGAAGCCAAGGAGCUGGCUGAGGAGCGCAUGCGAGCCAGGGAGAAGUCUGUGAAGAGCCAGGCGUUGAGAGACGCCAUGGCCAAGCAGCUGAGUAGGAUGAAGGAGAUGGAGAUGGCGGCUGGGACCUCCAGGCCCCCAGGAGGCACCUCCCGCAAAGCCUCCUCAUUUCCCUCCAAGGGCAAAGAACUCGGCCCCGAGUCCCCUAAACGCCCAGUUCUCAAAGGCCCCGGGGAGCCCACCCUGAAGCACGAAGCCACUAGUGAGGAGGUCCUCUCCCCUCCGUCGGACUCGGGGGGCCCAGAUGGUUCAGUCACCUCAUCUGAGGGCUCCAGUGGGAAGAGCAAGAAGAGAUCGUCACUCUUCUCCCCCCGCAGAAACAAGAAAGAGAAGAAGUCCAAAGGUGAGGGCCGGCCCCCAGAGAAACCCAGCCCAAACCUUCUGGAGGAAGCAGCUGCCAAGCCCAAGUCCUUGUGGAAGUCAGUCUUUUCUGGGUAUAAGAAGGACAAGAAGAAGAAGGGUGAUGACAAGUCCUGUUCCAGCACCCCUUCCAGUGGUGCCACUGUGGACUCCAGCAAGCACAGGAUGCCUCCUGUCGUGAGAGCAGAGCUGCAGCUGCGGCGCCAGUUGAGUUUCUCAGAGGACUCUGACCUCUCCAGUGACGACAUCCUUGAGAGGUCCUCCCAGAAGUCCAGGCGAGAGUUGAUUUAUGUACCACACGCCUUGGCAUUCAGGAGAUCAUAUGCAUCAAAGCCAAGAACAUACACAGAGGAGGAACUGAACGCCAAGCUGACCCGGCGUGUGCAGAAGGCGGCCAGGAGGCAGGCCAAGCAGGAGGAACUGAAACGGCUGCACCGAGCUCAGAUUAUCCAGCGGCAGCUGGAGCAGGUGGAGGAGAAGCAGAGGCAGCUGGAGGAGAGAGGGGUUGCCGUGGAAAAGGCGCUCCGUGGUGAAGCAGUUGAGCCCAGUGGCGGGACUCCACGGCGUAGACCUCUCUCCUUCUGCCCUUGCUGUGUCCAGGAAGGCAUGGGCAAGAAAGAUGACCCCAAGCUGAUGCAGGAGUGGUUCAAGUUGGUGCAAGAGAAAAAUGCCAUGGUGCGCUACGAGUCGGAGCUGAUGAUUUUUGCCCGGGAGCUGGAACUGGAGGACCGGCAGAGCCGACUGCAACAGGAGCUUCGGGAGCGGAUGGCUGUGGAGGAUCACCUGAAAACCGAGGAGGAGUUGUCAGAGGAGAAGAAGAUCCUGAACGAGAUGCUGGAGGUGGUGGAGCAGAGAGAUGCCCUUGUGGCCCUGCUAGAGGAGCAGCGGCUCCGGGAAAAAGAGGAGGACAAAGACCUGGAGGCCGCCAUGCUGUCCAAGGGCUUCAGCCUGAACUGGUCCUAAGUUCUACCCAUGCUCUGGCCGGUUGGUCUGUGGCAUCCACCUGGCCCAAGCUGGGUUCUUGCACACCUCCCGGAUGCGAGAUCGGAGAAGGCCUGGCACCUCCUGGGAGUUUACACUCAAAUGUCUACGUGGGUCAGUUGUCUGUGCUAGCGGGAACCCCAGGCAAGGAUGAUUAUCUGAGGUGGCUGGGCCUCCUUGGAAGAGGCCCACCCUGAUUUCCUGCUCCAGAGAGAGGAACACAGAGCAUUUGACACGUGAUGUGGGAAAAGGAGAACCUGCAUGCUCCCCGAGGACACAGGUGACUCCCUCCUGCCACAGGAGGAGGCAAGAAGAGGAAGCUGCUCCCUCUCUGGCAGAACACAGCCGCCAGGGCACGCCUCCGCGGAGCAGAAGGGGCGGCCAUCCUCUGUGCUCCCUGAAGCACCACCAAAGAAACGAAGAACACCCCCUGGGAGGCAAGAUGUGAAUCAAGACCUGAAAGAGGGGCCGGGGGCCAGCAGGUCAGCGCCCUCACUGGCUUCGCAGGGGGGGCCUGAAGGCGGCCGGCUCCUGAAUCCAUGAUGCAAGUGAGGAGGACCCAGGAGGGGUCUGCUCCCGGCACCCCCGGACCGCACACUGGACCCCUGGUGGCCAAAAGCCGCAGGUCUCCCUCUGGCUCUGGCCUGAGGCCUGUGGAUUGCUGCAUUCUGCUUUUAAUUCACAACAAUUUUGACACUGGAAAUUACUGUUUGGGGGACAGGAUGAGGCCCGACAUUUCAAGCCCCCACUUGACAGACGGGCGUUGUCCCUGUUCGGCGCUUCGCGUCGGGACAGGAGACGACCUUUUUCCUUGACGUUUUUCCUGUGUUUGCACAUUGAAAUGGAGCUGACAACCUGGCAAGACUCAGCCGCUUUGGACCCUUUUUGUCAAUUAACUUAUUUUUUUAAUACUUGAAAAGAAGUAACUACAUUUUUAUAUCUUUACUAGAGACACUGAUCACAUGGCACCCGGUGUAGGAGUGACGGGAUGUCCGCUGCGUCCUACACAGUCCCGCCCCAAACUGACUGAAUGCUGUUACAGCUGUCUAUUUAUUAGCCUUCUCGUCGUGUUGCUGACCCAGUUGGCGUUAGGGAGCAGCUGAGACCCCCGUGCGGGUUCUUGGUUGUAGCUCUUCUGUCCCCUCCUGGCGCCCCCUCCUUCACCUGGCCCGCUCUCACCGUAGUACCAGACUUCUGUGUCUGCACCACUCGUCUGUCCGGGGCACGUUUCGGCACUGUUUGAGGCCAGGCCAAAGGGCACAGAUGUCACUCGCCUCUCCCUAUUGAACCAUGGCUCUGCAGAACCCGUUUUUCCUCCUCGUCUUUGGUGCCAGGGCUUCGCCCCCCACAGCACAUUUAUUAAAGUUUAGAGGGAAGCCCUUCUCCAGGCUGGCUGAGACAGUGGAUGGUGGGGCCUGUAAUCCAUCUGGCUGAUGAGAAUUCCCCUCAGCCCAGCCACAGGUCCCACCAGACAGAGAUGCAAGUAUUGUGGCACAUGUUGGAAUUUAGGUUGGUCUCUCAUAGUUAACGCCACCCCAGACCCCCUCUGCACCCGGGUCUCCAUGGGGAGGCAGGGGCUAAUGAGCUCCAUGUAACCAGUUCCUUGAGCCAAACUGCUCACUUCUCAUAGCUCAACCAGAGACUGGCCUUGUGCAGCUCAUAGAGCCACAGUAUGGGAAAAUCUGGUGGCACAGGGCUUGUCCAGCCACAUAAUGACACGUGGUCCACCCAGGGAGGAUCCCCGUCAGGGCCAGGCCAAUCCAGAAGGGUCCUCCAGCAGAAAACUUCUGGUGGAGAGGGGCCCGUGUAGAGAGAACAGGCCUGGCGGCUCUUCGAGGCAGCCUAGAUCAGGUGUCCAUGCUAACCUUGGAACCUCCACGGGAAACCACACCAUGCCUCAACUUGAACAUUCAUUCUUAGUACCAAGGAGCAAGGAACCUGUCUUACUCUUUACUUUGUCCAAAAGCUGCCAUCUCUCUCCUGUGGAAAUCCAGAUGUGCUGCUAGCAACUGUCACAGCUCUGACUUCUUCACUUUCUGUUUCCGGUUGAGGCAGAGUCUCCACUUUUAUGCUUAAAAGGGGGAGAGUGUGUUCUAGAUUCUAUCUUUAAACCUCGACCUUCCAGUAAAAUUGGACUUGAGACCUUCAUCACCUGUAUGGCCUUGUCCCUAACCCUCUUCACCUCUGGAAUGCCACCUUAACUAGCCUAAGCCCCAGGAGAGCUGCCUGCAUCCCUUGUAGCUCCUGCUAAUCCCAGAACAAGGAAGCGGUUUAUGAAGCGGAUGGUAAGGGGUGCAGCCUAGGCGAUGUGCUGUGAGUAGCUUAAUGUCGCAGGAGCGCCCGGUGUUACCGUCUGCCCUUGCUGCCGGCCAGUACCGGUCAGCCUGCUAACACUCCACUCUCUGCCGAAGCACACUGCUGCCUGCAGUUACUAGAAGGGUACUAAAGACUCUGCAGAGAAGCUUCAAAAUCCACAGGCCUGCAGGGUGUUCCCCAGUUCUCCACCCCAAGUGGUGUUAAGACUUCAGGUUCUAGUAGUGUACCUUUUUUUUUUUAAAGCUCCCAUUUUAUAACCACUAGUUUGCAGUUCAUUUUAGUACCUUGAUGACAUGCUGCACGAGAUGUUUUCCACCUCUGGAAAUGCAUGCAGCUCCAGGCAGGUCUUCUUGCUGAGAUUUAAGUUCCCUUGAAGGCAAGGGACACAGAACAUAUAUAUAAAUAUACACACAUUGAUGUGUGUAUGUGUGUGUGUAUGUGUGUGUGUAUACACAUAUACAUAUGUAUAUAUAUACACACACAUACACACAUAUAUAUAUACACACACAUAUAUAUAUAUGUGAAAUGCCAGAGUUUGAGUGAGGCCAAUACAGGGGGGCAACCUGUCCAGCGCCACUAGAGGGAAGGCAGGAGGCAUCCCUACUCCUGGGUCUAAGGGACUCCAUGUAGGGUUCUAAUCCUGCUCAGGUAAUAUACUUGGGCCUUUGCCCUCAAACUAUCCUCCAGUCGCUUUUGACCAGCAAUGAGAGACUCUUUAUCCUUUCAAAAGAGAAGAAAUUUUUCAGUGUGGCAGGAGGUAGAGUUUAAAGGAAAAAAUUGGGAAGGUGAUAAUAACUGAGAUGCAAAGGAGAAUGGGCCAUUUUAUGCGCAAUAAAAGUUUUUAAAAGAAA